CUAUAAAUACGCACAAUGAAACCCGAAGGAAAGGACUCAGUGUUGGGCUACAGUGAUCAGCUAAUCAUGUCUCUAACAGGGCGACCGAACACAGUUCGGCUGGUGUUCCUCGGAGCAGCGAGGGUCGGGAAGAGCGCGCUUAUCCGCCGUUUCCUCCAUGACCGUUUCGAGCACAAGUACACGCGCACAGUGGAGGAGCUUCAUGUGCUCGAAUACGACGCUGCGGGAUCAGGAAAGAUGCGUCUGGAGAUCUUGGAUACGAGCGGAAGCUACUCCUUCCCGGCCAUGCGGGAGCUCUGCAUCCGGCACAGUGAUGCAUUCGCCUUGGUGUACGCAGUGGACGACCCGGGGUCAUUCGAGGAGGUGCGACGGCUCCGCGACGAGAUUCUGGAGCUGAGGGGCGGCAAGAGCGUGCCAAUCACCGUAGUUGGCAGCAAAGCAGAUCUGACCGAGGCUGAAGGCCGCGAGCUGCUGGCUGGUGAUGCCAUGGCCACGGUGGAGGGGGAGUGGAACGCCAACUUCGUGGAGGCGUCCGCGCGCACAGGUGAAAACACGGUCGGAGUUUUCCACGCAUUGCUCCAAGAGGUGAACGUGCCCCAUCGGCUGAGCCUUACGGUGGGGAAGCGCAGAAACACUGAUCCUAGACCUGCAGUAAAGAAGAGACCACCACUGAAGAAGCACAAGAGCUGUAUCUUGUCAUAGGGGCAAUAGUCGAAGAUGGACUCUGCAGCUGGACUGCUGGUUUUUAGGUGUUGCUGGUCAUCACAGUGCUUUACCCUGUCCCAGAAGUGGGAAGGUCCUCAAUAAAAUGUCUCUUUAAGUCUCGACAGGAUGAUUUAAUUGGACCAUUGGUUUAUAGUCUAUGGGACGCACUUUAUAUGUUUUGUGUAGCUUGUUUUAAAUGUUGUCAAUAAAAUUUAUUUUUGUCUGCAGCGUUAUAAAUCUUCA